UACGCCAUUUUAGAAGGUCAAAAAGCAAUGUCUUCACCACUUCAAAGAUUCUGUAAUGUGUGGAUGUUAGUGUUUGUAAAUUUAAAAUUAUAUCUCAAAAGAGUUUUUAACUUUCGGAAGACAUCAAAAUCAAACAAUCAACAAAUCAGACCGGGAGAUGUUGCAUCAACUAACAGCUUGCUACGGCCAGACGAAUUCGUAGGUAGACUUAAGCUAUCUUCUUUCGUGUUCGUACCAAAGUGUAAAAUUGAAGUACACUGUAAUAAAGGCUCAACCAUGUGCAUUUCCAGGCUAAUAUCUGUAGUGUUUAAUCCUACAUGUAUACGAAAACAAAACAAAAAUAAUGUUCAUUUAUUAGGAACUAAAUCAAACAAAACACGGUAUUCCACGCAAGUUAUGCAAAGAGACUUUCCGUUGCUAUGUCAAAGGGAGUACAUGACUGAGAGACAUUCUGGGAAUAUGACUACCGAAAAAUCCCAUGUUGGUGCCUCUUCUUUUACAAGAACUUUACAUGGGCAUACGUUUAGGCUACAAAGGCAACAAUUUUGUCCAAGAUCGCAUAGACCUGUUCAAUCAAUUCCAGACGAGUUCUUCCAUGGGGAAAGUAGUAUUUUUCGAACGUUCCAAACCGAUAAUAAUGGGCAAUUCCAUUUUAAUCAUGAUCAAAUAGUUGAUAUACUAAAGGAAAGACGAUUUGAACACCCUGAAAUGAAAUAUACGUAUUGCCGUAGGAACACAUUUAUUAGUUGCAUUGCUUGGUAUUAUCUACAAUUCAACACAUAUUGGUCUGUAGAUGCAUUUAUUGACGCUGGAUUCUAUUUGAAAGAUAACUAUGGAAAUCUGGAAUGUUUUAGUUGUGGACUGCAGAUUAGACAUGAAAUUGACGAUGAUCCGUACAGAUUUCACCAAAACUAUUCUCCACAUUGUUUAGCGCUAAGAUAAUGAUACGCCUGUGUGGAAAGAUUUGUGGAUGUACAUAUGUAUAUAAAACAAUAUCUUAUUAUAAUAUUUAUGAGAUGUUAAACGAAAAAUAUUUAUUUCAUCUUUUUUAAUUGUACAUAAGCAUAAAACGAAAGUUUAGUAAUCGUUUACUUUGACUGGAUGUUACAUAUCUAUUUCUGGUCGUUAUUUCUGUUUUAAUAGUUAUUGUUUUGAUCAACAUGAAAUCAAGGGGGAGAAAGGUCUCAUCAUGACAUUUGGGUGCAAACGUACAGCUGGGAUUUCAAAUACACCCCCAUUGAUAUAAAAAGUCUUGUGAAUAUCACGAUCCAUUGCUGUAUUUCAUCGCAAAAUAAUAAUCCAUUCAUAUAUUACUUGGGUUUCAAGUAUUCAUCUUUUACACAUAUUUGGUUUAAAACGAAAAUAAAGAAUAAAUUUACAAAAAUCUAAUCAAAAGAUGGAAAAUUCUAACCAAAUACAGUCAUUCAUUAUUAACUUUAAAUGUCAGUCGUUUGAAUAUUAAUUCAUAUUACAAAGAAACAUUAUAGUAUGAAAUAUUUUGAACCCACUACCAUAAUUUUUUUUUUUAUAGAGUAUGAUAUUGAUUUUGGAGCAAAUUUAAUGAAUUGAUUUUUGUUCAACUUUGUUACAUAUACUAUAGGAUAAUUGUAUAUGUUCAUUAGAAGAUAAUGUACGUACGUGAGUAUGUAAGUAAGAAUUAUAUAACUGUACGUGAGAACGAUAGAACGCGGAAGUUGAUGUAAGUGGUUAUUGUUUUGUUUUUCCUAUUGCUUUUUGUAGUGCCUGAUAUUCAUGUUUUUCCCAUAUGUUUCCCUUUUCUUUUUCUUUUUAUAAAGUUUUGAUUAAAAAAAUUGGGGUGUACUUAGCUGGCUAAAGUUUAAAUAUUUUUUCUAUCAAAAGGAGAAAUUCAGAAGAAAAAGAAGAAAAAAACUAUCCCUUACUUAAAAUUUCUGUUAGAUUCCGUAAAGUCUGAUGACGAUUUCAAAUAUAAAACUUCAUGCAUUUUAAUAAGAACAAUAUACAAUGUGUGUACUAGUAUUGGAACAUCUGUAUAUUUGUUAUAUUAAACAUCUAUGUUGGUCUAUCUUAUCGACAAGCAUCUAG